AUGACCUUGAAUUCCAAAAAUAAAUUUGGUUUUGUUAAUGGCACCCUUUCCAAACCAACGUCCUCCUCAGCAGAAACUCAAUUGUGGGAACGUUGCAGUGAUAUGGUCUUAUCAUGGAUCCUUAACUCCAUCGAUCCGUCCAGUGUUCACAGUCUGAUCUACCAUGAAUGUCCCCGUGAUGUAUGGCUGGAUCUUGAAAAUCGUUUCUCUCAAAGUAACAAUCCUCGUAUUUUCAAGUUGAAGCGUGACAUUGCUAAUCUUACCCAAGGAUCCAUGAACAUCUCUGUGUAUUUUACAACACUUAAAGACACUGAGCGCGUUUUUCAGUUUUUGAUGGAACUACAUGACUCAUAUGCGUCCAUCCGCAGCCAAAUUUUGGCCAUGGAUCCUUUACCUUCCGUCACCAAAGUUUAUUCAAUUUUGCAUCAAGAAGAGAAGCAGCGUCUUCUUCAUAUCUCUACUGUUCCAACAGAAUCUGCUGCCAUGGCGGUUCCUCGUCCUUUUUCUCAUCCUUCUGAUAGCAAGGGGCAAAGGCAUGGUCAUCCAAAAUGUGGCCACUGUGGUCAUGAUGGUCAUUGGAAAGCACAAUGUUAUAAGCUGCAUGGUUUUCCCAACAACAAGUCUCAGUCUCAUGGCACACCCGACCGAAAACUUGGUUCUUCAAUGGCUGCAAAUACUGUCACAAGUCCUUCACCUUCUUCUGAGGUUGCCGUCCAUGGUCUCACCAACGAGCAAUACCAUCAGCUCUUAGAUCUCUUAUCGCCCCCAAACACCAACUUUGCCAACUUUGCUGGUAACCUUACCUCUUGUCAUUCUGUUUUUUCUUCUAAUACUGAAUGGAUUAUUGAUUCAAGUGCCUCAGAUCACAUGACUUCCAAUUUGUCUUCUCUUGACAAUAUUCAGCUCCUUAAUCAACCAUGCUCCCUUAAGCUUCCUAAUGGACCUAUCAAUGAGGAAGCUGAUUGGAACGGGUGA